CAGGGUCACAGGAUAGUGACACCCCUUGACCCAAGCACUUUCCACCAAAACAGUUAGGGGGAAAACACAAGAACAUUCCCUUUCUUCCAACAGUGGAAAAGAUACUGCUAAGAGGGCUGCUGACUUGUGAAGGAUUUUGAAGAGGGGAGGAGUGAAGAGGAAGGGAAUGUCACAGAUAUGCGGGCACACACACACACACACACACACGUGCACUCACAAUCUUACACCCAUGUUCUCUGUGGUCCCAGUUCCAGCCUGCAGUGCUCUCCGGAGGGGGCUGCCCUGGGGUUCUGGUUGCAGCCCUCCUGUCUGGCUGUCUCAUUUCUCCUCUCCCUCCCAAAGCCCAGCUGCUGUUAUUUUGUGCCCGGCCAAGGAGGAGGGAACUGCAGUGACAGCAGGAGUGAGAGGCAGGACCGAGUCGUGGGGCAUGGAGACGGAUGGAGAGAGACGCCAAGACCAGGUGACCAGGAGUCCCAGAGAGAGUGCUGAGAAGCAGGUUGAGGGGUGGUGAGAGCCUGUGGGAGAGGCAGGAAGAACCAAGGAGCAGAAAGAGAAGGUUUGUGGGUCACAGAGCCACUCAGCCAUGCUGGGAACAAAGCGACCCUGGCCGCCACGUCCCUCCCUCAGCCUGGGGUUGCCUUUGGCCCUCACACUUCUGGCCCUGAGGGCCGGGUGGGCCCAGGAGGGGACAGAGCCAGUCCUCCUGGAAGGCGAGUGCCUGGUGGUCUGUGAGCCCGGCAGAGCUGCUGCAGGAGGGCCAGGGGGAGCAGCCCUGGGAGAGGGGCCCCCUGGAAGAGUGGCAUUUGCUGCAGUCCGCAGCCACCACCACGAGCCCGCAGGGGAGAUCAGCAAUGGCACCAGUGGAGCCAUCUACUUCGACCAGGUCCUGGUGAACGAGGGAGGUGGCUUUGACCGCACCUCUGGCUCCUUCGUGGCCCCUGUGCGGGGCGUCUACAGCUUCCGAUUCCAUGUGGUGAAGGUGUACAACCGCCAAACUGUCCAGGUGAGCCUGAUGCUGAACACAUGGCCUGUCGUCUCGGCCUUUGCCAACGAUCCAGAUGUGACCCGGGAGGCGGCCACCAGCUCUGUGCUGCUGCCCCUGGACCCUGGAGACCGGGUAUCUCUGCGCCUGCGUAGAGGGAACCUGCUGGGUGGCUGGAAAUAUUCAAGCUUCUCUGGCUUCCUUAUUUUCCCACUCUGAGGACUCAAGCCUUUCAAGGAUGGAAACCUAGCCCCUGACCUUUGCCCUCUGCCCUCUGCCCCAGAAGUAGUGUCUUUAAGGCAGGAGAGAGAUGCUCUCUGGCUGCAUUUUUAUUCCACUUGCUUGCAUGGGACCCUGUGCCAGACAUCCAAGGUGAGGAGUAGAGCUCUGGUGUCUCAGGACCUGCCCUUCUUACUCCACCCCCACAAUUGCCCCCCCAGCCUCCCACUGCAGUCCUCGGAUCAGGGCAGGGUUUGGCAGGUAGGGAGACCUGUGCUACUUUGCAGACUCUGCUCUUUCUGUCCCCCACCCCCCAACCCCUGCUUCCUGCUUGGUGCUAUUUGGGAACAGGUGGUUCAGGUGAGCCUGACAGGCCCCUGCGUGGGACCAGAUGGGCCAGCCUUAGCAUACCCAGCAGGCUCCUUCCUGUGAGGAGUGCCAGCAUCACAGGUCUCAGCCAUUGCAGUCAGAAGCUGAGCCAGCACUGCGUGGGCCAGGGCAGGAGGGAGGCUCAGCCACUAGCAGAAGUGUAGGGAGGGCGGCAGAGCAGCCGAGAGCCCGUGACUGGUGCAGCAGGAAGGGGGCAUGCACCCAGCCUGAACACAGUACACACUUUCCAUGUACACUGGGGCAGCCAGGAGACGGUGAACCCAGGCAUCUAUUUGUGGCAGAUCCCAGAUGGACUCUGGCCCUCACCUCUCCACCCAAGACAUGGGGUGUGUAUGUUUGCUUUGGCUGAGAGCAGGUAUACAGAGCUUCUUUUGGCAGCUGGAGAUAGAGGUGGGUCACACACAGGCCAGGGUAGGUCUCCAGGCAUGGAACACAUCAGUGACUGUGGCUGCCUCCUAGCCUUGCUCUACCUUUAUAGUCUGAAGUUCGAUCACUUCAUGCUCUGACCACCACCUCCUUCCUCCCAGCUCUCUCACUGACCUUCACUGUUCCUAUUUCACACAUCCCACAACCUCUCUUCUUUCUCCUGAUUUAUGGCAUCUUAUCCUCCUUCUCAGACUUCCUGUUACCUUGGGCUCCAUGGUGCGUCUCUUCAGCCACUCUCCUGCCAGUGUUAUAAACUCUGUCUCACCUCUCUGUCCCAUUGGCCCAGCAUGGACGACCCUAUCAGUAAAGUAGUUAGAGAAUGAUGGGCGGUGAGAUGCUAUAGGAUCGCUAAAGAGAGAAGAUGCUGUUUCAGCUAGGUUCAGGGAUUACAGGAUACAAGAAGGUAUGUUGUAGAGACAGUAAAUGCAAAAUUGUAUGUUAGAGUCAAAUAAAAAAGGAUUUGGUAGUGCUUGAGUUAAAUAGGAAAUACCAAUGUGAAGUUGUGGUUUUCCAAAAGAAAUUACUUUUUCAAACUUUAUCACUAAAGUAGCGUGAAACAACAUCAGGGAAAAAUCUGACGUGCAUUCUUAGCACCUGGAUCUUUGCCUCAAAUAUUAUUCAGCUUUAAAGGGAUUCAGGCUCCCUCAGAGAAUAGUUCCAUGCCAUGAAUAACUCUAGACCUUGAACCUACUGGUGAAGGUGAAAAGCAAAGAUUUUUUUUUUUUUAAUGUAUAGGGUAGAUCUACGAAGGCAAAGGAGCCAAUUUUAAUAGGCUUCCACAAAUUGACCUUUGUGGAAUUUGUGACAAUUUGAUAAUCAAAAGGAAAAUAAUAUAGUUAAUUGGAACAAGGUGAAUUUUUAAAAUCCACAACUCUGUUGUGAUUUUCAAAAAGAAAAAAGCAACUAUACAAGGUGCAAAAAUGUAGUUAAUAUACUGAGUGAAGAAGUAUGACCAUAAUAGGAUAUUUUUAGUUAAUUUUGAUAAGUAGAAGAGUAUAAAUAUAGCAGAUAUUAUAUUUAUUCAUAAGGCACAUUUAUUUUUCUUAUCUGCAUAAGUAGGGAUGGGUGGAUCAAGAGUGCUCUGAGUAAUUCCAGAAAAAAUUGGAACUGCACCAAAAAUGAAAGAGAUUGAUUGGCACCAUCUGGUCAUAUAUUACAACUAGGAAGGAAGAAAUUCCAGCAGUGUGUUACAUGAUGAUGAAUUAGUCAAACAUCCAAAAGAUAACUGCUCACUGCUCAAACAUGAUCCUUCAUUUCUUGGGAAAGAAAGCCUCUAUACUACCCUACUAAUUAUAAUCAGAUUACAGUAACAAUAAAACCCAAAAUAAUACUGGCUUAAACAAAAUGGUAGAUUAUUUCUGCCUCACAUAGGAGAAUCUGCAAAUAAAGAGUCCCGGAGUGGAUGGCAGUUGUAUGAUCAUCACAGCCCCAUUUCCUUUCUUGCUGUUCCACCGCCUUUAGCAUAUCACCUUCUGACCCAAGAUGUCUCUUUGAGCUCCAGUCAUUAUAUCAGCCUUACAGUCCCCAGGAAGGAGGAAGGAAGGACACACCCAUUUCCUUUAAAAGAAGCUUUCUGAGAGGUACAUCCAAAAAUUCUGAUUGCAUCUCAUUGGCUAGAAUUUUGUCAUAUAUAUCCACAUCGGGUAGGGGUGGAAAGGCUAGAAAAUAAGUCCUUAUUCCAGGCAGCCAUAUCCAGCUAAAUGUCAGGAGUUAUAUAAUAAGAAAAAAGGGGAGAUUGGAUAUUGGGGAAAACAGCAAUAUUGGGGGUAUUGGGGGAGUUUGUAAAAAUAUAAAUGAGCUAAAUAAAUUUGUAAAUGAUGUCAGUAAA